CCUGCCGUUUUGGACACAGCCAUAGUGCUGCCUCUGUGGGCACUAACCAUCCGUCAUACCCACCUAUACUCAUAGUGCUGCCUCUGUGGGCACUAACCAUCCGUCAUACACACGGAGCAACGUGGUUGGCACAACAACUUAGCGGUUGGUCCGCUCAGUCCUGCUGUCGUGAUGCGUUACCUCCAUGGCACAGAGGACCCCCCAUGGACCCGCCUGGCUCCAGACGGACGGUAAAAUGACAUUGUCCACCCCCGGGAACAGUCACUGCGCGAGCGAGGACGCGUGACGGCUGUUUCUCAGCAGAAACACAGACGUAAAGGAACAUAUAACACGGGCGAAGCGCGCGGUUUUCCUGUCUCCCGACCUGUGCAGCUCUGGGCGUCGGACGGUCCCACCCGCAUCCGAGACCAUGGCAGAGAGAAGCGGCCGGCUGAGUUUAGCCGGCAGCGGGGCUCUGAACCGACCGGUGCCCAUGAACCUGUUCGCAACGUGGGAGAUAGACGGAUCCUCCCCGAACUGCAUUCCGAGAUUGUGCAGUCUGACUCUGAAGAAGCUGGUUGUUAUAAGGGAACUUGAUAAAGAGUUGAUCUCUGUGGUCAUUGCAGUCAAAAUCCAGGGCUCUAAACGUGUUUUAAGGUCCCAUGAGAUUGUGCUACAACCCAGUGGAUUUGUGGAGACAGAUCUCGCCCUUUCUUUCUCACUGCAGUACCCUCACUUCCUAAAAAGAGAAGGAAACAAGCUGCAGAUAAUGCUUCAAAGGCGGAAAAGGUACAAGAAUCGAACAAUCUUGGGCUACAAGACUCUGGCUAUAGGAUCCAUUGAUAUGGCAGAGGUGAUGCAGCACCCAACAGAGGGAGGUCAGGUUCUGCCUCUCUGCAGCAGCCAGAAAGACAUGCUGGGCAAAGUGGCAGAGAUCUGGAUCUAUUCCCUCUCCAGUCAACCAAUAGACCACGAGGAGGCUUCCCUGCAGGCUGGACUGAAGAUCAAAUGCUCUGAUAACUACUCAGAGGAAGAGUAUGAGAGCUUCUCUUCAGAGCAGGAGGUCAGUGAUGACGCUGUGCAGGGACAGGAUCUUGAAUAUGAGGAUUUUGAAGUGAGAAAACCAAAGAAGCAAAGGAGAUCAAUUGUAAGGACUCCCUCUAUUACCACGCAGCAGAACUUUAAGCAGCGAGUGGUGGCGCUCCUGAAACGGUUCAGAGUUUCAGAUGAGGUGCUGGACUCGGAGCGGGACCCAGCAGAGCCCCCUCCUGAGGUGGAGGAGGAGGAUUUGGAUCUGGAUAGUGUGGAGUUUGAGAACCCCAGUGACAGUGGUCCGGAAUAUGAUGAUGACGACAGCGUCCUCAGCACACCAAAACCCAAACUCAAGCCAUAUUUCGAGGGACUCUCUCUGUCCAGCUCUCAAACUGAGAUUGGCAGCAUCCACAGCGGCUGGAGUCACAAAGAACCUCCAAGCCCGAUUGAUCUGGACAAAACCAAGUGCAGUGGCUCAAAGUUUCCAGAUGAUGUUGUGGCUGAUAACGUCACCUUUGAACAGCCAGAAGCAGUGACUCCCACAACGGAGCUGGAGAUUGACACCAUGGACACGUUUUUAGAGAGGCUGCCAUUAAGCAGCAAAUUGACCAAGACUGAAUCCCUUAUCAUUUCAUCCAACAGGCAGGAACCAAAGUUGGCAGGAAGACGAGGCAGGAGCACAUCCCUGAAGGAGCGACAGCCCAGCAGGCCCCAGAACGAGCGGGCCAAUAGCCUGGACAACGAGCGAUCUCUGGACACACGCUGCCAUCUACAGAUCCCAAGAAAAACUGUGUAUGAUCAACUAAACCACAUCCUGGUAUCUGAUAACCGCCUCCCUGACAGCAUAAUCCUCAUCAACACGUCUGACUGGCAGGGUCAGUAUCUUUCAGAUCUGUUGCAAAAUCACCAUCUGCCCGUGGUGUGUACCUGCACCACAGCCGACAUCCAAGCUGCGUUCAAUACCAUUGUGUCUCGUAUCCAGAGAUUUCACAGCUGCAACUGUAACUCCCAGACGCCCAUUCCCAUAAAGAUUGCGGUGGCAGGAGCGCAGCACUACCUAAAUGUGGUUCUGAGGCUUUUUGUGGACCACCUCUCCCCGAAGACCCCAGACUGGCUUAGUUACAUGAGGUUUCUUAUCAUCCCAAUAGGUGCACAUCCAGUUUCCAUAUACCUUGGCACUAUUGACUAUCGCUACAACAAYUUGUUCCAAGAUGCUGCCUGGAGGGAUUUGUUCCAUCGGCCUGAGGCUCCUGUUAUUGCCCAGGAAAGUCUAGAUGUGGCGUCGAGGGUAAUGCAGUACAUGGAGGGAGCUAAUGAAGCUCACCAACUUCCCAUCGCAGAGGCCAUGCUCACAUACAAACAGAAGAGGAAAAAGAGCUUUCAUUUUGAUUUUGCAGUAAGGUAUUGUGUUUGUUUUUUACAUAGCCUGAUKAUUCCUGUGCUUUGUGUCUGUCAGAUACAUUUCCUGUUGAACAUGUUUAUGUUGGAGCUUGCCACUUUACAGCUGCCUGCUAAGGGUUUUUUGACACCUAUUUUGUAUUUUAAAGUAAUCAAAGAAAAUGAGUAUGAAAUGAGAAACCGGCAGCUGAGUCUGAAUGAAGUGUUUCCUUUUGCAGGAGACUCUGAUGAUGCCGCCCCUCUGGGCUCCUCUUUCCUCUCCUCCACCCCGCCRCAAGUUUCACCUGCUCUUAAAGAGGCUUCACCAACACCUCCCCCUUCUCCUGCAAUCAACACCAGCUUCUGUGCUUACAGUUCCAGUGGUCAGUCAACAGAGUUGAUGGGUCUUCAGGUCGAUUACYGGGUGGCGGCUCCAACAGAGAGGAAGAAAGACAUUGAGAAGCGUGACUCUUCCUCCAAAAACACUCUGAAGUGCAAUUUCCGUUCGCUGCAGGUCAGCCGGCUGCCACUGGGGGUAUUGGAGCCAAACCCUCASCCCACCAUGUCCAUGACUGUGGUAACCAAGGAGAAGAAUAAAAAGGUCAUGUUUCUGCCGAAAAAGAGCAAAGAGAAGGAGGUGGAGCCAAAGAGUCAAGUGAUUGAUGGCAUCAGUCGCCUCAUCUGCACUGCCAAGCACCAGCAAACCAUGCUGAGAGUUCUGAUUGACGGCGUUGAGUGGAAUGAUGUCAAAUUUUUUCAGUUGGCGGCUCAAUGGUCUUCACAUGUCAAACACUUUCCUAUUGGGAUCUUUGGACACAUUAAAGGCUCUUACUAGCAGCAACUAAAAACUGAAGACUUGACACAAGAAUGACUGCUUUCCAUCCCCUCUCUCCUGUUCCAUCAAGUUUUCACCCCAUUUCUCCUGACUUUGUCAGCACACAUGAUCUUACUUGGCUGUCUUAGGUUAACCCCCUGCACUGUUUCAUUUAUCUGAUUAUUUAAUAUUUUGCAAAGUUUCUUUCUUAAUUUCUAUUUAUGUUAAACCUUCUCAGGCAACGUUGCCUUGGGAAGUUUUAUUUACUAUAAUCGUUAACAUGUAGWGUAAGUGCCAGGUGUCAUGUUGGUGUAAUAUUGUGUUUGUUUAAUUUUUAAUUGUGUUAAGCACUUGACCAGCACAAUGUUUCAAGCAUAAUAUACACUCGAAAAACAA